AUGACCACCUUCAAUUUGCUUAGAAUUCCCUUCCAGACGCGACGCCCAUUUGGUGAUUCCUUUGCGGGAUGCCUGCUACCUAGUAGGUUCAAGUUAACCAAUGCUUGGAACAUUCUCCAUUAUUUCACCGACACAUUUGGCAACUGGAACAAGUUCCGCGAGUUCCUCGAGCUCGCCGACAAGGUCCGGCAACUGGCUACAGCCUAUUGCUGCGUACCAGAUCCCGAGACCUUCUGGGCCCAUAUGGACCACCUCUGGGAGGAGGCCAGUACCCAGGUUGCCCACCCCGUGGGAGAAGACGGAUUGGCCGAGCCUCUCAUCUACCCGAGGCGAUGCGUAACCGGAAUCGUCCGACGAAUUCUGAUGAGGAAUAUGGAGAAUAACCCCCCUGGGGAACAACCGAAAGACUUGGAGGGAGAACUUAUUGGUCCAGCACUCUUUCAUCAUGCCUUGCGCAUGAACUGGGAGGAAGAGAGGGCUCAACGAUCCUUUCACCUUCUGGGCCUUCACCGCCGAGAUACUGUCGAUCUUUCCGAAUCCAGGCCACUCCUUCGACAGUGGAAGGACAGCUGGAGCCCAAUCAACGAAUUUCAUUGGGCUGUGCUUCGGACUCGAGGAGCCUCCAUCUGCAGCAGGCUCAACCUCAACGAGCUGCAAGAGGCUCGACUCCUUGGGGAGCUCCAAUGGAUGAACAACUAUGAACUCGGAGUGCAAGCGUACGCGCUUUGUCUCCCCCAGCAGGGCGGGGAUUACUAUGACCCGUGCUUUCUCGCACAGAUGACUCGUAACAGACGACAAGUCAUAACUUUUCUACACCAGAUAGAUCGAGACAAUGACAACUUCUCCGAGGGAUGGUUCCAGAGAUAUCCCGCCGCCCUUCCACCUCUGAGAUGUUGA